AUGUCUAUUCAAAAAAUUCAUUCGGAAAUUGUUGAUAUCAAUGGAGUGUAUGCGCUCGCGAUAUACAUUCACUAUUUCACUGCGGGGUGUCUUAAAACUCACACUAAACGGUAUACGGUAAAGCUGGGCCACUUGCGAGAAUUGCUAGACAAACCUCAUGAAAAGGAUCCUUUGAUGUUUGUUCCUACACGGAGGUGGCUCCCUAGAGGUGAAGCUCCUUACCCCGGCUACUGCAGAGCCCCUGGCAGCGAGUCCUGUCUCCCAAACCUAUGCAACUGCGAAAAACUUCGAAUGCGUUGGAACAUGUUACACACAAUGAAUAACACAAAAUCUACUCAAACAUCUUUAUUGUAG